AUGAGUUUCCCAGCCACAUCCGGCGGCGCUGCCGCGCUGUUCUCCGGGCCCCGCGGCAUAGGCCUCUCCAACACCGUUCACUCUGAGCUCGCCGCCUGCCUCCCGCUGCCGUCGCUCCCGGUCUUCUGCGGCGACUCCGAUCAGGACCUCCGCCUCGUCGACUCGCCAGCGCGGCUCAACCGUGUUGACGUGCUCGCGCAGUCCGGCAAGAUCGCCGAGCUGCUCCGGCACACCGAUGUGUCGUACUUGAAUUUAAGAGAUGAAGCCAAAGGUGUUCCUUAUAUAUAUGUUGAGCCAUUGGAACUCCAUGAUGAAGUUCUCAGGUGCAAUCCUGAAGCAUUUGAAUACAGCACUGCAGGUCCUGUUAAGGAGCAGAUCUCUGGUAGUGUAUUACCUGAAAAGAGGCAAUCUGAAUCAAAUUUUCCUAUCCUCAGUCAGACUCAGAAAGACUAUAAUGCAGCACAUACUCGCCAGCAUGAUAACUUUUCCACAAAUGAUAUUUCCACAUUGUCUUCCAAAAAAUCAAAAGUAAAAAAAAAAGGUGGCGAUGGAAUAGCUAUAGCACCUGAUUCUUCCGAGCUUCAAGGUUGGUGCAUGCUUGAUUUAUGCAACAAAUCUGAAUUUAAUAGUGAUGAUCGAGAUGAAGCAGAAUGGUUGUCACUGCCUCUUUCAAAUCUUAGAUUGCUUGUCAAUGAAAUAACAUCUAUUCGUGAAAAGAAACUUCUGCAUUUGGUUCCUGUAGAAGUCCUUGUUAGACUAUUAAAAGUUUUAGAUCAUCAGAUACACAGAGCAGAGGGCCUGUCUAUUGAGGAAUGUGAUAAUUCAGAUUCAGAAAUAGUUUCAUCUGUUUUAAUUGCCUUGGAGUCCAUUCAUUCUGCAUUAGCAGUGAUGGCUUAUGCUGAUAUGCCAAAGCAACUUUAUAAAGAAGAGAUAAUUGAGAGAAUUCUGGAGUUUUCCAGGCGUCAGAUAAUGGAUGUUAUGUGUGCAUGUGAUCCAUCAUAUCGUGCCUUACAUAGACCUAGUGAAACCACUGCAUUUGAAGAUGAUUAUGAAGAAAAUGAUGCUGAAUUUGGUUCAGCCAGCAAGAAAAGACGAACUAGCAAGACUUCAAAGUUGAAGAAAUCAGCAUCAAGCAGGCUCUCUACUGCUGUGAAUACUAUUCUUCAGAAGUUGUGCACUGUUCUUGGGCUACUCAAAGAUUUAUUGUUAAUAGAGAGGUUAUCAGAUAGUUGCAUUCUACAACUUGUAAAAACAGGCAUUACAACAUUUAUGGUUGAUAAUAUCCAGCUUUUGCAAUUGAAGGCAAUCAGUUUACUCAGUGCGAUAUUCUAUUUAUACACACAACAUCGCACUUAUGUAAUAGAUGAAAUGGUUCAGCUUCUAUGGAAAUUACCAUAUUCCAAACGAGCUUUAAGGUCAUAUCAUGUACGUGAGGAAGAGCCAAGGCAGAUCCAAAUGGUUACUGCUUUGCUGAUUCAGUUGAUUCAUUGUAGUGCGAACCUUCCUGAUGCUUUAAGAAAAGCAUCAAAUGGUAAUUCUGUAUUGGAAGCCUCUGUUGAUGCUAGUUCUCCAAUUAAAUCCCACGAGGCAGUGACAGAAGCCUGCUGUCUAUUUUGGAGUCGCGUACUUCAGCGGUUUGCAAGUGUGAAGACUCAGGAUGCUUCUGAGCUGAAAUCCGUCAUAGAGAAUCUUGUUACAGAUUUACUGACAACUCUAAAUUUACCUGAAUAUCCUGCUUCAGCUCCUAUUCUUGAGGUUCUAUGUGUCCUACUUCUCCAGAACGCUGGGCCUAAAUCUAAGGAUGUCUCUGCACGUUCCAUGGCAAUUGAUAUUCUUGGUACCAUUGCUGCAAGGUUGAAGCGUGAUUCUUUGGUUUGUAGCCUGGAGAAGUUCUGGAUACUUCAGGAUUUCCUUAGUCCGGAUGCUCAGGCUGAGCAUCAAGCAAAAGAUGUAUGUUGUGUCUGUUCUGGGGGAAGGGUAGAAAACCUGUUUAUAUGUCAUGGAUGCCAGAGGCUUUUCCAUGCUGAUUGCCUGGGCAUUAAAGAACAUGAAGUUUCCAGUCGAAACUGGUCCUGCCAGACAUGCAUCUGUCAUAAGCAACUAUUGGUAUUACAAUCAUGUUGCAAUUCCCAGCACAAAAGUGAUGUGAAAAAGAAUUUCAAUACGUCAAAAGAUUCUGAAGUUUCUAAGCAUGAGAUUGUUCAACAGUUACUUUUGAAUUACCUUCAAGAUGUCACCUCUGCUGAUGAUCUGCAUCUUUUCAUUUGCUGGUUUUAUCUCUGCUUGUGGUACAAAGAUGAUUCAAAUUGUCAGCAGAAGUCAAUUUAUUAUCUUGCUAGAAUGAAAUCAAAAAUCAUAGUACGGGAUUCUGGCUCUGUUUCUUCUGUGUUGGCAAGGGAUUCUAUCAAGAAGAUUACUUUAGCUUUGGGCCAAAACAGUUCAUUUUGCCGAGGGUUUGAUAAGAUUCUUCACACACUUCUGGCAAGCUUGAGGGAGAACUCUCCAGUUAUUAGGGCUAAGGCUUUAAAAGCUGUUAGUAUCAUUGUAGAGGCUGAUCCAGAGGUAUUGGGUGAUAAGAGAGUACAAUCAGCUGUUGAAGGAAGGUUUUGUGAUUCUGCAAUAUCUGUUAGAGAAGCAGCAUUGGAACUUGUUGGUAGGCAUAUUGCUUCACAUCCAGAUGUGGGUUUUAAGUAUUUUGAGAAGAUUGCAGAGAGAAUAAAAGAUACUGGCGUAAGUGUUCGAAAACGAGCAAUAAAAAUCAUUCGAGAUAUGUGCACUUCCAAUGCCAACUUCUCUGGAUUUACAAGAGCUUGCAUUGAGAUAAUUUCACGUGUUAGUGAUGAUGAAGCAAGCAUUCAGGACCUCGUGUGCAAAACUUUCAGUGAAUUCUGGUUUGAGGAGCCUCAAACGUCACAAACUCAGAUCUUUGGGGAUGGUAGUACUGUUCCACUUGAGAUAGUUAAGAAAACAGAGCAAAUUGUUCAAAUGUUGAGAGGAAUGCCCAAUAACCAACUUCUUGUAACUGUGAUAAAGCGCAAUUUGUCACUUGAUUUUUUGCCACAAUCUGCAAAAGCCACAGGGGUCAAUCCAGUGUCUCUUGCAACAGUUCGUAAGCGAUGUGAGUUAAUGUGCAAAUGCUUGCUGGAGAAGAUGCUACAGGUUGAGGAAAUGAACAGUGAUGAAGUUGAAGUGCGUGCACUUCCAUAUGUGUUGCUCUUGCAUGCAUUUUGUCUUGUGGACCCAACUCUCUGUGCACCAGCUUCAAACCCUUCCCAAUUUGUUGUUACUUUGCAGCCAUAUCUGAAGACUCAGGUAAGGUAUGAGGUUGAGAUGUAUAUUGCAUCUGAUAAAAUCCCAUACUCAAAUCCAACAUCAAUGGAAAGUAAAUCUGAAAACGACAAAAAUGCACCAUAUCUUUCUCAGGUUGAUAAUCGGAUGGUUGCACAGCUGCUUGAGAGUAUACUAUUCAUAAUUGAUGCUGUGCUGCCCAUGCUUGGCAAGUUACCUCCAAUUAUUGUUGGGGAACUUGAGCAAGAUUUGAAGCAGAUGAUUGUUCGGCAUUCUUUCUUGACCGUUGUCCAUGCCUGUAUCAAGUGCCUCUGCUCUGUGAGUAAGAUGGCUGGAAAAGGGGCUGGUGUAGUUGAACAACUUGUUCAGUUCUUCUUCAAAUGUUUGGAUACUCAGGCUGUUGAUAACAAGCAGAAAGUUGGACGAUCCCUCUUCUGUCUUGGGUUACUUAUCCGAUAUGGUAAUCGAUUGUUAGCAAGCUCCAGUAAUAAACUUAUUGAUGUUGGAAGCAGUCUCAGGUUGUUUAUUAAGUAUCUCUCUGCGGAGGAUUUUGUUGUCAAAGUUAGAUCUUUGCAGGCACUGGGGUUUGUUCUAAUUGCUAGGCCCGAAUAUAUGUUGGAAAAUGAUGUUGGAAAAAUACUGGAGGAAACAUUAUCCUCUGCUACUGAUACUCGCCUUAAGAUUCAAGGAUUACAAAACAUUUAUGAGUAUCUUCUAGAUGCUGAAAGCCAAAUGGGAAAGGAUAAAGAUGAUGAUAACGUUGCUGGUUACACAGUUGGAGCUGGGCAGAGUGUACCUGUUGCUGCUGGUGCUGGUGAUACAAACAUAUGUGGGGGUAUAGUUCAGUUGUACUGGGAGAGUAUUUUGGGUAGAUGUUUGGAUUUCAGUGAACAAGUUCGUCAAUCAGCCCUGAAGAUUGUUGAAGUUGUGCUGCGUCAAGGUCUUGUUCAUCCAAUCACCUGUGUUCCGUACCUAAUUGCACUUGAAACAGAUCCUCUGGAGUCAAAUUCGAAGUUGGCUCAUCAUCUUCUGAUGAACAUGAACGAAAAGUAUCCUGCAUUUUUUGAAAGCCGCUUGGGUGAUGGGCUUCAAAUGUCAUUUAUGUUUAUGCAAUCUAUUUGUGGUGGUUCUGAAAAUGUUGAUUCUAAGAUCCAAUCUAAGAUCCCUAUUUCUGGAAAAGGGAAGCCUGAGGCUGCCCCACUUACUCAAGCUAAACUUGGGGUUUCUCGAAUAUACAAACUCAUACGAGGGAACCGGAUAUCAAGGAACAAAUUUUUGUCCUCAAUUGUGCGGAAAUUUGAUAAUCCAAGAUGGAAUAAAUUAGUAAUUGCUUUCUUAACAUACUGCACGGAAGUCCUAGCAUUACUGCCAUUUAUUUCACCCGAUGAGCCCCUUUAUUUAAUCUACGCUAUCAAUCGAAUAGUUCAAGUAAGGGUCGGACCACUAGAAGCGAAUUUCAAAGCCUGGAGUUCAAGCAUUUCGCGUCACAGUACACCUCAUGGGAAUGGAGUGUAUCAACAGGGACCAGAUGAGUCUACUGUUACAACACAAGUAAUGUCAGUGGAUUUGAAUGGAUCAUUUCAGCAAAAUGUAGAUGCUCAGCUCAAUUCCAAUGAGAUGAGAUCCCUGGAUUUAAAUGGAUCGAAUCAUCAACAGCUAGAUUAUUCUUUAUCAUAUAAUAAGGGUAGUUCAGAAGCAAAGCUGCAUGCUGCGGGUUACACAGAUUACUUUUCCUUCUCAAAAGAUGAUCUAGAGAAAGUUCAGGUCGACUGUUUAUCAGCAAUUGCGUUGCAGCUUCUUUUAAAGCUUAAGAGACACCUAAAAAUCAUGUAUAGUCUUGACGAUGCCCGUUGUCAGGCAUAUUCUCCUACUGAACUACCAAAACCUGGAGAGGUUAUCUCUAGACAGAAUAUAGCUUUUAGUAUUGGUGAAUCUCAAUUCAGUUUGCCUACGAGUCCACAAGAAUUGGUACAAAGAUAUCAGGAAUUUAAACAUGCUUUGAGGGAAGACACCGUUGAUUAUUCACACUACACUGCAAAUAUAAAACGCAAGAGACCUACAACUACUCCGAGGAAAGUUCAAGCUCGGAAACCUGUACAUGUGUCAGGUGGGAACUACUACGACGAAGAUGACGAUGAGGAUUAUAGUGGUGGAAGUGCGAUGCGCAAGAUAAGUUUUAGCGGCGGCCGAAGGAGUAGCCUUAGAAGCUCUAGGCAAUAUUGA